AUGACACUUGCUGGGAGAAUGACUUCCAUCAAUGACACCCACUUCCAUCCCCCCUUGUUUCACCUGCUAGGAAUCCCAGGACUGGAAACUGUACAUAUCUGGAUUGCUUUCCCAUUCUGCAUUGUGUACCUGAUUGCCCUUGUGGGGAACAUCACCAUUCUCUUUGUGAUCAAGACUGAACACAGUCUCCACCAGCCCAUGUUCUACUUCCUGGCCAUGUUGUCUAUGAUCGAUCUGGGUCUGUCCACGUCCACCAUCCCCAAAAUGCUGGGCAUCUUCUGGUUCAACCAACAGGAGAUCAGCUUUGGGGGCUGCCUUGCCCAGAUGUUCUUUAUCCACAUGUUCACAGGAAUGGAGACUGUUCUCCUGGUGGCCAUGGCUUAUGACCGCUUUGUUGCCAUCUGCAACCCUCUCCAGUACACCAUGAUCCUCACCAAUAGAACCGUCAGCAUCCUAGCUUCUCUUGUUGUUGGAAGAAAUUUAAUUCUUGUGACUCCAUUCGUGUUUCUCAUUCUGAGGUUGCCCUUCUGUGGGCAUCACAUCAUCCCUCAUACGUACUGUGAGCAUGGUCUUGCCCGGUUGGCCUGUGCACCCAUCAAGGUCAACAUUAUCUAUGGGCUCAUGGUGAUUUCUAAUAUCAUUGUGGAUGUGAUCCUGAUUGCCUCCUCCUAUGUGCUUAUCCUUCGAGCUGUUUUCCGCCUUCCUUCUCAGGAUGCCUGGCUAAAGGCUCUCAAUACCUGUGGUUCUCAUGUCUGUGUCAUGCUGUGCUUUUACACGCCAGCUUUUUUUUCUUUCAUGACACACCGUUUUGGCAGAAACAUUCCCCGCUAUAUCCAUAUUCUUCUGGCUAAUCUUUAUGUGGUUGUCCCACCGGCCCUUAAUCCAGUCAUCUAUGGAGUCAGGACCAAACACAUCCGAGAGAGAGUUGUGAAGAUAUUUGUACAGAAAUAA